GUUUCAUCGGAAUUAAUCGUCGAGUGCAAGUGCUGCUUGGGGUAUUUAAUAACAAAAAAGUUUGAAUCUAUAACAGCUGUAGUGAAAUCGUGGAAACAAUGUUGGAUUUAUUUAGUCGCCUGACAGUCAUCGCGGUUUUCUUGUUGUCAGCAGCGGGCACCACUACACUGGUCAGCGCUCAGGUUCCCUUCAUGGGAAGAUGUCCAAAUACACCAGUUGUGAAGGAUUUCAAAGCCGAAUCCUUUCUUGGCCGUUGGUACGAACAAGAGAAAUAUCCGUUCGUGUUCGAGCUUGCAGCACGUUGCGUUGUGGCAGAAUACGGUCUUGAUACCGAAGGGCGGAUUUCGGUGUUCAAUCGGCAACUGAACACAAUCACUGGGAAUGAAAAUUCAAUUCGUGGAUUAGCACGAGUCGCUCAACCAGGCAAGAUGGUUGUAUCGUUUUCAAUUCCUUUUAACGUCGAUUCACCUUAUUGGGUGAUUGGUUCCGAUUAUUCGAAUUAUGCCGUUGUUUUGUCCUGCAUGGACAUUGGGGGUUUGAUGCAUACGAAGGUGGUAUGGAUUCUUACCCGGGAUCGUUCUCCAUCAAUUGACAUCAUGAAGAAGGCUUAUGCUGUUCUGGAUUCGGCAAAACUUUCUAGGGCAUAUCUUACCCGAACUGAUCAGAAAAACUGUGAACCACGCAAGAAAAAAACCGUACCAACGUCCAAAAUUAUUAUAAGGCCUAUUAAGAAAUAA